UGAAGUGACCUUUGGGGAAAGACAACAACAACAACAAUGAAGAAAAGACUAAAGCAGAUGAAAAUGAACUGCUGAUUAGAAAGCGAUGCGGUGAAGGGCAUUGCUGAUACACCAGAAGGUGAAGUCAUCGGUUGGAGUAAAUCCUGCAGAUUUGAGGCAUUUAAAGGCAGCGCUGGGGAAGAAGCCUGAGACUUCCAGUCAGUGACGCUGAGCUGCACAACAACCAGCCUCAUCCUCCUCAUCCUCCUCCAGCCUGCUCUCCUGUCCUCUCCUCUCCUCUCUCGGUGCAUGUGAGGCUCAUGUGCGCCCUGCAGGCUCAGCGAUCCGACACCAACUCUGGAAGGUGCUGAGACGAGACAGAGAUGCUGAUGUCUGGGAUGCUCCGUCGCCUCCUCCUGGCUGGGAUCUGCCUUUGUGUCUGUGGAACGCCCGUCCACCUCCCCAGCUUCACUCCCACGCAGGACAGCCACUGUGAUGGGGAGUGUAAGUCAGUAAGAACUGUCAGGUCAACACCCGUGCUGGGUGUGGGUGUAAAGGCUAAACCCUUGGACAGAGAGUAUGUGACUGGCCUGGUACUGAAUGUAGGUGCAGGAGGAGGGGCUGACCCGAAUGGACGACCUGAGGGGAUAGCGCCGGUGACGCAGACAGAAAACGGGGACAGCCUCGAUGGAAGAUCUGGGCCGAGGAAGGCUGGUGGAGAGGCAUGGAGCCAAAAGAGCAAGGUAAAAAAGGAUGUGAGCUCAUCUGAAAUGGAGGACGGUGAGAGACAGGCAGCGUCAGUUCUGCCAGGGGAGUCAGAGAGCACUGAGGACAACAUGUCUGUCAUUGAUGAGAAGACAUCACCUUCUACAAGUGGGAAACAGCAGCUAUUAGAAGACAUGAGUUCUUCAAGAUUAAGUCCAGGUGGAUUUCUGGCUUCCUCUACAGCGCCACCUCAGCUGGAGUCUUCAUACAGCCAACAAAAUAGCCAAGGUGGGGUGGACAGAACAGGACUCCCUGAUGGAGAUGACUCUCGCCAGGAAAAAGACCCAGAGACGAGCUCGCCCUCCUUUACAGAACCUCCAUACCCUUCAACACGGGUCCAGAAGCUGACCUCCCACAGUCCCAUCCCUCCUUCGGUCCUUGUCUCCACAGCUUUGACGGAUUGGGGCCAUGAUGGAGCCACGACAUCCUCACUCCCAGACCCCUUGUUACCUGAGAUUGGACCAAACCUGAUGCCCAGAGAGGACGGACCGGAAAGCCUGUGGACCGAGGCAGCGAGACCUGGCGGAGCGGACACUGAGGUGCCACUGACUCAGGAUGAAGCCACGGAGGGCACCAUGUCAUCAGAGGCUCUCCCUCUCAUCUUUGAGCCGUUUGAAGAUGUUACACCAGAGGGGGCAGCGGCAGCAGCAGUGGUCACACCAGUGCCUGGCAGCGCUCAGCCUCCCACUGCCAUGGCGACCAGAGGAAUGCCUUUGUCAGAGGUGGACCUGGACCAGCUGGUCACAAUGGAGGCAGACAUGGACGGCCCCUCGCAUGCCCCACCCCUGCUGAUGCCAGACUGGACGUCAGCGUGGCAGACAUCCGGCGCCGAGCUCCAGGAACCGAUCGGCUCCUCGGUUCCGUCUGUUUCACAGCAGCGAGCUGCAAGUGAGCCGGAGGAUGGAUCUGAGAGAGUUUCUGUGAGGACGCCAAACCUUGAAGGGUAUUUGCCCACCACUGGCCCCUCCCUUUCAUCCUUCCCGCACGCUAUGACAACGGUUACCAUGGCAGCCCAUCAGCCUGUGCACAAAUCUAGAUCAGGGUUAGAGGAGAUGGAGUCUGAGGAGGAGACAGAUGAGGACGAGGAGGACGAGAACUCUGAGGAAUCGGUGGAGGAGGAGAGCGAUGAGGACCUGACAGAUAAGCCAAAAACAUUCUCAACGCAGCCUCCCUACAGCCUCAUCCCUCCGCCUCCUGUCUGGGUUCAACGCAACCAGGGGCUGAUGCGAAGCUGGGUAGAGCUGAUCAGAGAAAAGGCGGGUUAUGUGUCCGGGAUGUUGGCCCCUGUGGGCAUCGGCAUCACAGGGGCCCUGCUAAUCGUCGGUGCCCUCUACAGCAUCAGGAUGAUUCACCGCAAGAGGAGGAACAGCUUCAAACACCAGAGGAGGAAGGUCAGGCAGCCAGAGCAACCCAGAGAGCCCGGCACUAGUCGUCAGGACCAGGCCAUGCUGCUGGCCGACAGCUCCGAAGAUGAAUUCUGAUCGGACUUUAUUUGGGGGGGGGGCUCCUUUUUGUCGGCGACCACUGCCCGACACUCCUGUAACGGAGGCUCGGCGAACAUCACCAUCGCUAUGACUACUGCAUCUCUAAUCACCCCGGGCCGUUCGGCUAUGACUCAUCUGAUCCACAGAGUGUGACUGAGUACAGGGCACAAUUUGCACGGGCUGCACAAUGGUCGGCUUUGUAAACCCCCCACCCGUCCUAAAAGUACCAAUGUGAGCACUUUUUUGAAAGUUGUCAGGUGACGUUGACUCUAAUGGCUUGGCAGGGCUGGUGUGGUGCACUUUGACUUAAAAAAAAAGAAAUAAUAAUACUGAUGUGAAAACAAAAUGUAUUCGCAGGGUAUCGGUGGGAUUAAAGUGUUGCUGGUUUGACCGAGGUUUCGUGGAGUGGAGAACCAGCAGGUUUUCUGUCAAGUAAUAAAAGGGCUGUAGAAGGGUGACAUUACACAUUGUAAAUAUUUGUCAUGUUGGUGUAAAUAAAGGUUCAUUUUUAGAUACACGUUAGCAUUUUUGGGAAAAGAAAAUAGUUGGAUUAGAGGACGGACACGGCUAGCUAAUUUAGCAUAAAGCUAGCUAGCCAGGCUCUGUCCAAAUGGGCACCUCCACAGCUCACCAACACACGUAUGUCUUAUUCAUUUAACGUGAACAAAAAAUAAAGUGUAAAAAUGAAAAUUAGGCACUUUAUGGAGAUUAUGUGCGAACUAUCUCGUAGCUGGGAGCAGUGACUUUCUGAGGUUUUCUGUGGUUACCUCAACUGCUCAAUGCUAAACAAACAUGAUCAAAAACAGUGUUGGUGCAGAAUUAUUUUAUUUGUUUUAUUUUUUGCCAAUAAAACGACCCAGGUCAACUGUUCUCAACUGUUUUCAACAGGAUAGAGCCAGGCUAGCUGUUUUCCCAGUUUAGAGGUUUUAUGAUAAGAUAAGCUAAACUUAGCAAUGCCAAGAGUCUCCUGGCUGCCACCAUUAGCAUCAUAUUUCCAUACGACAGUGGUAUCAGUCUUUUAAUUUAACUUUUUUGCAAGAAAACAAAUAAGUGUGUAUCUGAAAAUGAAGAACUCUUUCUUAGAUUAGGAUUUUAGAAAUCUUCACAUACAAUUCAUUUGCAUUAGCGCAUUGUAUUAAUGUGAAUUUUGUGGAAAUGAGAAUGUUCAUUGUCAUUGGUUCAAAAAAGUUACAUUGAGAGGCACGCACACAAAAUACCAUCAUCCGAAAAGUAUGUAGCAAAGAACAGAUUUUAAGAAUAAUGAAACUGAUAACUCAUUCUUGUGUGUGCGUUAUCUUCUUUCUUCUAUGUGCACAACAUCCAUUUCUGUUGUCUGGAAAAGCACAAAUAUUGGAGACACUGAGGCCGAAGUUGACAUUUUUUUGUUAAACUAGUUAAGUGUUUUUUAUUUUUUUAUUUGAUCAAGACAAGAGCAGAUAACUGACAAUUUGAUUUACUGUCACGUUGCUGAGAUGGGAUCUUUUCAGAGCAAGCUUUGAGUUCUUACUUUCUGGAGAAAAUCUGAGGAAUAGUUGACUUUAGAAAUAAUUCAAAACAUUCUGUAUUUCAACACCAAUGGCAUCAACACCACUUCUUGUCUUUUGUUCAAAGAAAGUAUAUUUUCUGUAACUUCAUGAGCCAUGUGCUAUGCUUAAUGUUUAACUGCCUGUGUAUAUGCAAUAAUACUGUUUUAGGAUAAGUGUGAUGUAAAACAGUGACACAUUUUUGUCUAUGUAGAUAUGAAACAUGUGAUCAAAUAAAACCAAUGUUUUAGA